GUUCUGGCAGACGAUGGGUUUCUCUGCAGAAGGAAAGCAGUAUCUCCUCCCUGAAGAGGCUCUCUACCUGAUGGAGUGUGGCAGCCUGCUGGUGUUUAAUCAGGACCUGCCGCUGUCCAUCCAGGACGGCUAUGAGAUGUUUCUGUCUGCAGACGCUGUCAGCCUGCAGCAGUACCAGGUGUUUGGGCAUCUGAAGAGGCUCGGCUACGUGGUUCACAGAUUUGAUCUCAGCGCCAAUUCACAUCAUGUCAUCUCAAGGAACUUUCCAGUUCACCAGAUCAUCCAAUCCAUACAGGUGAACGGUUGCAUCACUCAGGAGGAAUGGAUGUCGUUUGUUUUUCUGCUCAGGUUAAAAGGUUCGGAGGAGUGGAGGAUUUGUUUCAAUGUUUACCAGCCGGAUUCGGUGGCCGACUUCAAAAAGAGCAACCCGGGCAAACCGUACAGCCGCAUGUGCGUCUGCAGUUUCGACGGUCCUGUUCCGGACCUCAGCGUCAUCAAGCAGCUGGCCUUUCAGAGCGGAGACGUUCCCGUUGUUUACGCCGUCGUUGACCACGGAGACAUUUCCUUCUACACCUUCAAGGACUUUGAGCUGCCAAGAGACGUGUUCCCCUGAUAUCCACACCCCCCCAGAACCUCCGCGUCUCCUUUAGACCCCAAAACACUCAUUUCUUUCACCUACAGCCCGCUCAUCCAGUUAUUUUCUGUUUUUUGAGGUUAUAUUUGCUUCCUAUGGAUCGAUGUUAACAAGGGAAUCACAUUUUUUAAAUAAAUCUUUGUAUUUUACCAACUGCUGAGCGUAUAUGAUAACUUUUGCUGAAAAUGGAAAAUUGGGAUUCAUGAAACCUUUUUAGCUGAUUUAUAAAAUCUUCUAUUAUAAUAUAUCAAAUUUUCCCCCACA